CUCGGCUCGGCUCGGCUCGGCUCGGCCCCGCCCCGGCUCGGCCUCACUCGGCUCGGCUCGGCACCGCUCGGCUCGGCCCGGCCCGGCCCGGCCCGGCAGGAUGCUGGCGCUCUUCAAUAAGCUGCUGGACUGGUUCCGGGCGCUGUUCUGGAAGGAGGAGAUGGAGCUGACGCUGGUGGGGCUGCAGUACUCGGGCAAGACCACCUUCGUCAACGUGAUCGCGUCAGGACAGUUCAAUGAAGACAUGAUCCCGACAGUGGGCUUUAACAUGAGGAAGAUCACCAAGGGGAACGUUACCAUAAAGCUCUGGGACAUCGGUGGCCAGCCGCGGUUUCGCAGCAUGUGGGAGAGGUACUGCCGUGGAGUGAGUGCCAUCGUGUACAUGGUGGAUGCCGCCGACCAGGAGAAGAUAGAGGCCUCCAAGAAUGAGCUGCACAACCUGCUCGACAAGCCACAGCUCCAGGGCAUCCCGGUCCUAGUCCUGGGGAACAAGCGAGACCUGCCCGGUGCCUUGGAUGAGAAAGAGCUCAUUGAGAAGAUGAACCUCUCUGCCAUCCAGGACCGAGAGAUCUGUUGCUACUCCAUCUCCUGCAAAGAAAAGGACAACAUCGACAUCACCCUACAGUGGCUUAUCCAGCACUCGAAGUCCAGGAGAAGCUGAGAUCCCGCAGGCUGCGGUUCACAUCGGGAAGAUGCCAUUGUACAAGCCCAUGCCCCUUCUCUCUUCUCCUCUGUCCCUUCAGCUCUCUCUCUAGAUGGGUAUUUUUAGGGGACCCCAGACUCCGCUCGCGUUGAGGUGGAGCCCUUGUUUUUAUUGUAAAGAGAAUGUCCAGCCGCCCUCCUCUCCCCUCUCUGUCUCUCCCUCCCGUUCUGGCCCUCUUCGGUUGUUGUCUGGGUAUACACUAUAUAUAUAUGUAUAUAUACUUCAAGUUUUUAA